CCACUGCAGCCCAGAGCAGGCCGGCCGAGGCGGCGCAGGUGCACGGGCCGCCACCAUGCCCACCGUGGACGAUGUUCUGGAGCAGGUCGGGGAGUUCGGCUGGUUCCAGAAGCGAACCUUCCUCUUCCUAUGUCUGAUCUCGGCCAUCCUAGCCCCCAUCUACCUGGGCAUCGUCUUCCUGGGCUUCACCCCUGACCACCGCUGCCGGAGCCCUGGCGUGGACGAGCUGAGCCAGCGCUGUGGCUGGAGCCCCGAGGAGGAGCUGAACUACACGGUGCCGGGCCUGGGCGCCACUGACGGGGCCUUCGUCCGCCAGUGCAUGCGCUACGAGGUGGACUGGAACCAGAGCUCCCUGGGCUGUGUGGACCCGCUGGCCAGCCUGGCCCCCAACAGGAGCCACCUGCCGCUGGGCCCCUGUCAGCACGGCUGGGUGUAUGACACGCCCGGCUCCUCCAUCGUCACCGAGUUCAACCUGGUGUGCGCUGACGCCUGGAAGGUGGACCUGUUCCAGUCCUGCGUGAACCUGGGCUUCUUCCUCGGCUCCCUGGGUGUCGGCUACAUCGCAGACAGGUUUGGCCGCAAGCUGUGUCUGCUGCUGACCACCCUGAUCAACGCGGUGUCGGGGGUGCUCACGGCCGUGGCGCCGGACUACACGUCCAUGCUGCUCUUCCGCCUGCUGCAGGGCCUGGUCAGCAAGGGCAGCUGGAUGUCCGGCUACACCCUGAUCACAGAGUUCGUGGGCUCAGGCUACAGGAGGACGGUGGCCAUCCUGUACCAGGUGGCCUUCUCUGUGGGGCUGGUGGCCCUCUCGGGCGUCGCCUACGCCAUCCCGAACUGGCGCUGGCUGCAGCUCACUGUGUCCCUGCCCACCUUCCUCUGCCUCUUCUACUACUGGUGUGUGCCGGAGUCCCCUCGAUGGCUGUUGUCGCAGAAGAGAAACACGGACGCCGUUAAGAUCAUGGACAACAUCGCUCAGAAGAAUGGGAAGCUGCCUCCCGCUGACCUCAAGAUGCUCUCCCUCGACGAGGACGUCACGGAGAAGCUGAGCCCAUCGCUGGCAGACCUGUUCCGCACGCCCAACCUCAGGAAGCACACCUUCAUCCUCAUGUUCCUAUGGUUCACCUGCUCCGUGCUCUACCAAGGCCUCAUCUUGCACAUGGGGGCCACUGGCGGGAACGUGUACCUGGAUUUCUUCUACUCCUCUCUGGUGGAAUUCCCCGCAGCCUUCGUCAUCCUGGUCACCAUCGACCGCGUCGGCCGCAUCUAUCCCAUGGCCGCGUCCAAUCUGGCGGCGGGGGUGGCCUCCGUCAUCCUGAUCUUCGUCCCCCAAGACCUGCACUGGCUGACCAUCGUCCUGUCCUGCGUCGGCCGCAUGGGGGCCACCAUUGUGCUGCAGAUGAUCUGCCUGGUGAACGCUGAACUGUACCCCACGUUCGUCAGGAACCUUGGGGUGAUGGUGUGUUCUGCGCUAUGCGACGUCGGCGGCAUCAUCACCCCCUUCAUGGUCUUCCGGCUGAUGGAGGUCUGGCAGCCUUUACCGCUCAUUGUUUUCGGAGUGCUGGGGCUGCUUGCGGGGGGAAUGACCCUGCUGCUUCCAGAGACCAAGGGCGUGGCGCUGCCGGAGACCAUCGAGGACGCCGAGAACCUCCGGAGGAAAGCAAAGCCCAAAGAAAGCAAGAUUUACCUCCAGGUGCAAACGUCGGAACUCAAAGGCCCCUAAGACAGCAGAGAGAAGAGAGAGAAGACCCCGGAGCUGUCGGCUGGGGAACUGGGGCUCCCUUUCCUGUCUCCUCCGCGCUCACCUGCCCCACAUUCAGCAAAUCCUACGGCAUUCUCUCUCUCUCUUUCUUUCUUUUUCUUUUUCUUUUUUCUUUCUUUCUUUUUUUGGUGGGGGCUUGGCCUUAUUUUGUUUUAUUUUGCUCAAGUCCUCCAGCGUGUGGCUGUCUUUGAUCUGCUUCCUGUUCCAGUGGGACUGGUGGCGUGCAGUUACCCCAGGGUUCUGAAGACGGAGUAGAACUCACCCACUGGCCUCUGUGAGCUGGUUUUCUGGAACGAUGAUUUUAUUCACUCACUGGGCAAAACGCUCUUACGACUGGAGGCACCUGUGUUGGCAAAAGCGUUCCACCGUGGAGAUUCCUUGGGUUUUAAAGACGGCGGCUCUGUCAGCGGAUGGCCUCCCAGUCAUGUUCAAAUAUGAGUGCAAGUGGCAGGAAAGAUGUGGUCCUUUCCCGAAGGCCCAAGGCACCGUGGCCGCUUUAGACAAGAACUUUCUGCCUGCUGUGUCCCGGGCACCUCUCUCUGUGGCUCGCUUGCUCCCCCCCCGUCCCGUCUUGGUUCUUGGUGGUGGUUCUGGAAGGUGAAUGAAUGUCCCAGCUGUGCACUGCGGUCAGUACAUGGAAGAGGUCCCUUUGCUCUGAGCUGUGUGCUUCCUGGAGCCUGUGCAGUGGUUUCGAGAGACUUCUUGGACAAGUUCCCUUACCUGUGAGACAAACCAGAAGGGGUGUGCAGUCUCCCGAGAGGAACUCUUCUGGAACACGGCGCUUCCCAGCUGGACCCCGGCUCAGCUGCAGAACCCCCUCCCAGGAGAGGAGCCUGUGUAGUCCCUGGUUAUCCUCCGUCACUGUCACGGUCGCGGGCUGAGUGAUUUCUAAAGAAUAAAGGUUGAUUUCGGUC